GUUUUGUGCAGAGCUUUGGGAGGAGAUGUUAGGAAGGCUGAUAGUGGUUGGGACAUUGGAAUAAGGGAAGUGAGUAUUUUGAAGGAAUCCCUAACGUAUAAUACAUUUCUUGAUGAUUUGAAUGAAACUCCAUCUACACUUUCAAUCAUUGAGUGCCACCAAGAUGAGGUAUGGGAGGUGCCAAAGGAAGCUAAAGUGAUGGCAUGUUCAGACAAGACAAGAGUAGAAAUGUUCACAAUUGGAGAUCAUAUUUUAGGCAUUCAAGGCCAUCCUGAAUAUACCAAAGAUAUUCUCAAUAAUCUCAUUGAUCGUCUCCUGAAUUUCACUUUGGUACAGAGAGGAUUUGCAGAAGAUGCUAGAUCAGAGCUACAUAAAGCAGAGCCAGAUAGAAAAA